GCGUCUCUUUUUCUGGAAGACAAAGGAGAAAGGAGAGGAAAGGACAAUGACAGGUCUAUAUCAGUAUCACUGUCAUCGCAAUGUUUUCCUGAUUCUUUUGAUCAUAAUAUUUUUUGUACUGCUAAAAUGGCACUAUCUUCCUGACCAAGAUGUGGACUGCAAAUUCUUACAGGAUGAACAGAUAACAGAUUUUUAUAGAAAAUGGCAGGAUCAGACAUCAUUCUUAAAGGAGGCAAUUUAUCUUCCAUUGCAAGUUCCUUAUCGGUACCUGGUGGGGUCAUCAUUUUUAACCAAAAAAUGCUUUGCAGUAGGAAUACGAGUCAAGAAAAAUACGGACAAUGUAAAUUCCUUAGCAGUCAUUCAUUCCAUCUUUGAUGAAUCAAGUCCUAUAAAUCUGGAGGAAAUUCUUGUCAUAAUCUACUUAGCCGAUGCUGACAAUGCUUGGGUUUUGAGCAUAGCAGAAGCAAUUAAAACCUACUUCAGCAUACACAUUGCUGCUGGCAGACUAGUUACCAUUCAGGCAGCUAAGAGUGCAUACCCACCCCUUAAACAAGUGGAUUUCAACGAAAACCAAGAAAACAGUCUCCCCAGUGUCCAAGAAAAUGUGGAUUUUGCUUUCCUAAUAAAUUUUUGCUCAAACCUUUCUAAAUAUGUGAUCAUUCUGGAAGACAGCCUUAGGUGUACGAAGAACUGCUUCAACAGAGUGAAAGCACAUAUUGCAGAAAUGAAUAAAGGUCAAUGGGUUUCUCUUCACCUCACUUAUCCCGGCCUAGUUGGAAAACUUUAUCACAACUAUGACUGUUCACAACUGGCACGUUUCCUGUUGCUGUUUUAUGACAAGAUGUCACUUCCAGAAUUGUUACUUCAGUUUCAGAGGACUAGAAUUCAAAAAAAGGAUAUAAUUGCUAUACCUCCAGCAUUUUGGUAAUUUUUUAAAAGACACAAUAGCAAUGCAGGUAAUGCAGUAGACAGCAUUGCCACUCCAAGGAUCCUGGGUUUGAAGAUCAUAACUGGUUGUUGCUAUGUAGAGUUUGCUUUAUUCUCUCUGUGUCUGUCUAGGUUAUCAUCCAUGAACUUCACCUUUCCCUACCACAUCCUAAAAUAUGCACUGUGGGAUGGAUGGCUUGUCCAGGGCUGUUUGCUUUCUUGUGCCUAGUGCUUCAAGAAUGAGCUUUGGCUCCCAGUGACCCAGAAUUGGAUAAGCACUUUGGAGAAUGGUUUGUUUUGUUACAAUGUCAACAGUAUUGCAUUAAAGUCCUUAA